CGUGCUGCUGCCGGGGUGGGGGCGCCGGGGUUGGGAGGGAGCAGUUUCUCAGUGCUUUCCUGUAAAACAUGUGUUUCAGGUUUUUUUUUGUAAAGGAGUGAUGCCUCUGUUUGCUCCACAGUAAUGCUGUGGUGUCCGGGGGGGAGUUUUGUUUUUGUCUCUGUCGUACUACAUCUGGUGCGCUAUGGCGGAAAAGGUUAUUUGAGGACAAGCGGGGUUUGCUGAAAGUUGUGUUAGCGAUUAGAGGGUGUCCAAAGGAGGACUACGAAGAUGGUGAAAAGCCUUGAGGGGAAUCUGUGUGAGGAGCGGUCGAGGUUAUUUUCAGCCUGGAGGAGACUGAGGGAGACCUCGUGGCAGUCUGCAACUCCCUUAGGAAGGGAAGAGGAGGGGCAGGCUCAGGUCUGUGCUCUGUGGUGCCAGUGACAGGACCAAGGGAAUGGCCUGAAGCUGUGUCAGGGCAGGGUUAGGCUGGGCAUUAGAGAAGGAUUCCUCACCCAGAGGGUGGCUGGGCGCUGGAGCAGCUUCCCCAGGGAACAGCACCAGGCAGCCUGGCAGAGUUCAGGGAGCCUUUGGACAAAGCUCUCAGGCACAUGGUGUGGCUCUCAGGGUGUCCUGUGCAGGGCCAGGGCUUGGACUCAACGAUCCUUGUGGGUCUCUUCCGACUCAGCAUGUUCUGUGAUUCAGUGAUUCUGUAUUUCGGCUUAUUUCCUGGGCUGAAUGGCAGCUGGGAGGUUCUCACUUCUGCGCAACUUCAACAUACCAAGUUUUGAUAUCUUUUGCUUAUAGGCUCAAAAUACACCUUAUUUAAGCAGUGAGGAAUCUGAGACAUCAUUGUUACUCAGCCUACCUUCCUGUGAUUUUGUUGAGAGACAGAUUUCUUUCUUCUAAAGAAAAAAAAAGAGAAAAAAACCCCCACCUUUUUCAUGGCUUUAGUUGCUAAGCUGAGAUUUGCUCUCCUGGAAAAGAACUCUCUACAGGCAGAUGUAGCUGUGUGCUAGCAAUGACACUUGUGCUUUUUUGGUAGACACUCCAUGCUGCCCCGCCAUGUGCAGAGGCUGGGCAGAGACUGGAUCACCCACUGGAAUGGCUCCCAGAUCCUGGCCUUGAACAGCCCAGUCUCCAGCUGGAUGAGAUGGGCCGGACACUAUCCUCCCUGGGCCUCCUUUCCACUCCCCGUUUCAGCUGAUUUUUCAGCAAACUGGAGAUUCCCUCCAUUUUUUGGGCCUUGGAGACAAUUUCAGAACUCUCAUUGGCAUCUUGAUAACUACACACAAAGUUGUUGCUUUCACCUCCCCAACCCCAGUAUGAAAUCUGAGGGAGAAGAACCAUUGACAAAGAAGAGAAAACUCAGUGGCCAGGAUGAUACUGCAGCUCCUGAACAACAAACAGACUUGUCUAAUCAGAAGGAAGUAUGUUGUCUUUCUGUAGCACAGAAUGAAGAAAAACAUGGCAGCAAGAAAGGAACCAUCAAAAGACACUGGGAAUAUUAUUGUCAGCAGAGUAAAACAAUGAAAAUAGCUAAAAAUAAAGGAUCUGACCAAAGCAGCACAGGAAGUGAGGCAACAUUUGAUUUUACAGUCAUGUCCUACAACAUUCUCUCACAGACUUUGUUGGAAGGCAACUCUCACCUGUACAGGCACUGCAGGCAGCGAUUGCUAUUCUGGACAUACAGAUUUCCCAACAUCUUACAAGAAAUCAAAGAGCUGGAUGCAGAUGUGCUCUGCUUACAGGAAGUCCAAGAAGACCACUACAGAACAGAGAUUAAGUCAAGUCUGGAAUCCCUGGGGUAUCACUGUGAGUAUAAAAUGAGGACAGGCAGAAAACCUGAUGGCUGUGCCAUUUGCUUCAAAACUUCCAAAUUCAGCCUGAUUUCCUCAAACCCAGUGGAAUUUUUUCGCCAUGAUAUCCCACUCUUGGACAGGGACAACGUUGGACUGGUGUUGCUGCUGCAGCCCAGAUUUCACUGCAAAGCCAGUGCUGCCAUCUGUAUUGCCAAUACACACCUGCUGUACAACCCAAGGAGAGGGGACAUCAAACUGACCCAGCUUGCAAUGCUCCUGGCAGAGAUUGCCAGUGUUGCCCCUCAGAAGGAUGGCUCUUUCUGCCCAAUUAUCAUCUGUGGGGACUUCAAUUCUGUUCCUGGCUCUCCAUUGUACAGAUUUAUAAAGGAAGGAAAGUUAAAUUAUGAAGGACUUGCUAUAGGGAAGGUCUCUGGACAAGAACAAUUUCCAAGGGGACAAAGAAUCUUAUCUAUUCCAAUUUGGCCCAAAAAAUUAGGUAUUUCACAAAACUGUGUAUAUGAAAUAAAACAGCAACAAAAGGAAGAAAAUGCAGGAGAAAAAUUGGAAACAGAAAAACCAGACAACACUCAGGAGACUGUAAUAGCAUCUAAAAAGUCGUCUUCAAAAUUGCGGCACCAUUUUAAAUUGUCUUCGGUGUAUUCUCAUUACUUCCCUGAAACUGGGAUUCCAGAAGUGACAACUUGUCAUUCCCGAAGUGCUGUCACCGUGGAUUAUAUCUUCUAUUCUGCAGCAAAAGAUGAUACUGCUGACCAGCCAGGAGCAGAGGAUUCUUCUUGUGGAGGUCUGAAACUUCUUGGCAGGCUGGCACUUGUAACAGAGAAAGAUCUUUGGACUGUUAAUGGUCUUCCCAAUGAAAAGAACUCUUCUGACCACCUGCCACUGCUAGCAAAGUUCAGGCUUAUUGAACGGUAAUAUCCAAAGGACUUCUCUCUCAUGGGAUGAUUAUUAUUAUUUUUUUAAAAUUCAAGCACUGCUGGUCCAGUUUAAAUAAGUUUGCCUGCAUGCUGAUUUAUUAGUGUUGUGUGAAGUAGACUUUCUAAAGGGACUUUUUUUUAAAAAAAGAUGGUUAAUUUACUUUACCAAAUCUUUUAGGGAGAAAAAGGAUUUUACAUUAGCUUCCUCUUUGAUAAAGGAAAACAUCUGUGCCAGACUCCAAAUGGCAUUAUUUUUCAUGAAUAUGUUGUAAAUGAUUUUUAUUGUAAAUCACAGUAAAAAGGACUAUUCUGAGAACUGUGUGUUUCUUCAAGCAGAGGUGAACAUGUCUUUGUGCCUGCAGCAUUUUAAAAUGAGUUCAAAAUAAUGUUUUACUGUAAAGGUGCUUUGUGGUCACUUCCAUCUUAACACUUCUGCAAAUGAAUUUACUCAGUGUUGUCAGUGCAGAGGCUGCAAGAUUGAACUUUCAAAGGAAGAAAGGCAAAUACUUAUGCUUUAAGAAUUUGCUGCUUAAAAUUCUAAGGGCAUAAAUAUAGGUAGCAUUCACUGAAAUAUUUUUUAAAAUAUCUGAAAUAAAGCUAAGCUUAA